GCUACCAUGAAAGUGUUUCUUCUACUGGCUCUGGCUCUGGCCGCCGUCUCCGCCGAGACCCCCAAGCAGGUCCACCCCAAGGAUCUGCCCAAGGACAACAAGAUCAAUGGUCGUAUUGUGAACGGAUAUCCGGCCACCGAGGGCAAGGCUCCCUACACGGUGGGUCUGGAGUUCAACAACCCCGGCGGCGGUUGGUGGUGCGGUGGUUCCAUCAUCGCCCACGACUGGAUUCUGACUGCUGCCCACUGUACGGACAACACGGAGCAAGUGAAAAUCUUUUACGGAGCCACCUGGCACUUCAACGCCCAGUUCACCCAGAUCGUCAGCAACAGCGCCAUCAUCCAGAACCCCAAGUGGCCCAAUGAGAACGGCAACGACAUCUCCCUGAUCCGCACCCCCAGCGUGGAGUUCUCCAGCACGGUCAACAUGGUGGAGCUGCCCAGCUUCAACGACCGCUACAACAUGUACGACAACUGGUGGGCCGUUGCCUGCGGAUGGGGAAUGACCACCGCCGGAUCCCAGCCCGACUGGAUGGAGUGCGUCGACCUGCAGAUCAUCAGCAAUGCUGACUGCUCCAGCGUCUAUGGCGCGCAGCCCGAGGGAAUCCUCUGUGUGGCCACCACUGGCGGCAAGUCCACCUGCUUCGGCGACUCCGGUGGCCCCCUGGUUCUUCAUGACGGCACCAAGCUCGUAGGAGUCACCUCCUGGGUCGCUGGCAACGGCUGCGAUGCUGGCUACCCCUCCGGGUUCACCCGCGUCACCAGCCAGCUGGAAUGGAUCCGCGACAACUCCGGAAUCGCUUACUACUAA